UAGCUGAGGGUUAUCCUAUGUUGGUUGUUCCAGAGAUGAGUGUGUCCUGUGAUGAUUGUUGCUGGGGAGCUGAUUGCGGUCCGUAUCCUUUUUGGGCUAUCACAUAUCCACGGAGGGAGUGGAGAUGGAGGCGCAACGUGUCAGGUCAAGGCCCAUCCCCCAACUCCGUGAAAGCAGUCCAACGAUUCCUGGGGUUCGCCAACUAUUUCCGGAGGUUCAUCCGGGGCUUCAGCACGGUGAUCACGCCUCUUACCUCCCUGCUGAGAGGAGGUCCCCAGCGGCUUCUUUGGAUGGCGGAUGCGGAAAUGGCGUUCGAGACGCUGAAGGCACGUUUCACCACUGCUCCUGUGUUGGCACAUCCCUACUAGAGGUCGACCGAUUAUGACUUUUCGAUACCGAUAAUUGGAGGACAAAAAAGCAG